AUGCCGAUCCAAAAGAAAAAGGUAAAAAAGCCAAAAGAAAACGAGACCGCUAAACCUUCAGUCAACAUCAAGCAAGAACCGGAAGAACUGAAACCUCUAAGUGCGUACAUCGACGACCGUCUCGAACUAUUACGGCAAGUAUUUUCAUGUGUUAAGCCAAAAGAAAUCAAAUACCUUCUGCCUGAUUUUUUGGAGGGCAAAUCGAACGAUCUUAUGAAAGAGCGUUGUUUGGACGAACUUCUGGGAAUUUCUACCAAGCGACUGCAUUCGAUCAUUACAAACACAAAAUGUCCCACGGAUACAGAGUCGUCUUCGGAAAAUUCGGAUGUAGAGAAAAUAGAAGAGCAUAUUUCAUUGGAUGAAAUCUCAUCAGAGUCGGAUGUAGACGGUAAACGUGGUAUCAAGCGAAACAAAAAAGGCGACACCAUUAAGCAGCCCGAUGAGCAGAAUGGCGAGCCAAAAUCUGAAAAAGAGAUGACCGUUCUGGAGUUGCUCGAAUUGCAGGCCCGUGCUCGCGCAAUCCGUUCACAGCUUGCUCUGGAACCGGUUACUAAGAUCGAAAUCGAUUCCGAGCACGAAGGUGAAGAUGGUCGCCAUGGUGACAUCGAUACGGAUGAUGAAACGAAGCUGCCAACAAGGAAGCGAUCAUCUUCCAAACUUUCUACAAGCACAAGCGAAUUCCCCAAGAACGGCAACCAACUUAAGCACGAAAACAACGGUCAACAGAACACCACGAGGGUGCGCUUGAAGCGGAAUUUCCGCAUCCGAAAGGUGGGCGAUGAUGACGAUGACGAUCAAGAAGUGUCCAGCAACCCUCCGGACUCUGUACACGAAAAGCCCACUGAACGCCAAGUGGUCGAAGUGGUAGAUCUCGCAACAACGGUCUCGGUGAGUGCAGCCUUGGAGGAAAAACCAGUUGCAAAUGAAAAAGCGUCCGAUUCAGAAAACAAGUCACAGAAGUUAGAAUCUGAACCGGAAGCUACAGCAACGACAGCAACCGGCGUUGAAAGCGUGGAAACUAUCCCCGUAGAAGAGGAUGCGAAUGCGCCAGAUGCCUCGGUUGACCUUGAUGUUUCCAACGUACCGGAAGCAUCUGAUGCAGACGCUCCGGCAAAGGAUUUAGAACGCGAAAGUUCCCCGGAAGUCAUUCCUGUUGAAGCCAGCCCGGAAACGCUAUGCAUCUCGUCCGAUUCCGAAGAGGAACGUCUCGCGAAAGAACGAGCCUCUAUUUUCGUGCCCAACAUUGAAGAACUCGAUCGGCAGGCGAAUAAACCACCAACUCCGGUGCCGGAUAAACCUGCGGAAGAUACGGAGCCCGAGGAGGGAGAAAUUUCGGAAGAGGAAGAGGUGCCUGUGCCUGCCGAACCUACGGCUGCGGUUGAAAACGAACAAACAGUGAAAGAUGGCUCGAACGUAGCGGAAGAGCUUGCGACAAAUGAAGGUGCUCAGGGUAAUGCCACUAUCGGGAAUGAUGGCGAUUCAACGGAGCCUGCGAAAAGAGACGAAACCGUGGAAGGGGACACUCUCGAAAAAGCACAAAGCUCCGAAAUACACACAUUAUCCUCGAGCAGUGAAUCGUCGGAGUCGGCGAGCGACAGUAGCUCCUCCGAGAGUUCCUCAGACGAGGAAGAGGAAGAACCUAAGAGCGAACCACCCAAAUUGGACAACUCCGCACACGACGACGAGGACAUCGUGGAAAUUCACGACUCAGGCGACGAGAACCUGCUGAUGGAUGAUAAGCCACCGGAGGAGGAAGCAAAGUCCUGGAAUUCGCGCUGGCUCAAGAGCAACCGGGUGGCCAAGGUGAUGGCUGCCUCGCGCUUGGGUAAUAAGGUGCGUGAAAAGCUGAAGAAAAAGAAACAAAUACAGCUCGCGGAGCAGCAAGAGUCGGCAGCGAUGGAUACGGCGGAAGCAGCCGCACAUUCAUCACCCAAACCCGCCGAACCGGUGGUGGAAUUGCCCACAAACGUGGAGCUAGGAUCGGUUGAACACUACCGGGAGCUAGUAGCGCAGCAAGAGAGUAAGGACUAGAAGCGAUCAAGCGCAACCUAGCGCUUCCUUUUGGUUGUAACAUUUGUGUGCUCCCACUCGCCGUUCGCAAUCACUAAUCCACCCGCAAUAAAGCAAGCAGCAGAAGGC